AGCAGGAGCGUGAGAAUGACGCGCGAAUGGGAAUGGAACCUUCCAAUCUCGUUGAACAGCUCAUCAUCACUUCUUCCACUUUUUUUUUCCAUUUUCCUUUUCUUUAAUAUCCCACAAUCAAAUCAAAUUAUUCAAUCGAUUUCAAUUGCGAAAUCGUAAGAUACACGUUCCUUUUUUUCCCAAUUCUAUCCGAUUCUUCUUCCCUGUUGCUUUUUUUAAUUUGAUUUAAUUCGAUAAUAUUUCAUAAUGGCGGACUAUUUCAGAAGUAGCGCAUCACGUCCACCCGGCAAACCGCAGAAGAAUCCGAUUCAGAGUGUACUCUCCAUGCCACCGCAAUGGCUGAAUAUGUACGGCGAUUUUAUCACGAAGAACUCCCAUCAGGUCUCUCAAAUAGAGAGUGCUUUACGAUCUCUGACGUACAUCAUACCGGGCCGUUUUCGUGACGCCGAGAUAGCCUCGGAAACUCUACACUCGGGAGUCCAACUAUUAUCAUUAUACCACGAUGCCGUCCUACGCGGUGCUAUUACGAAGAUACCCGCCCUAGCCUCUAAGAUACCGAGUCCACAUACGCGUUAUACUAGAUUCUGGACAGCUAAGAGCAGAUUAUAUCGAAGAAUAGCGCUUCUGUUACAGGUUGUGCAGUACACUGAACUAUUAUGGGAGAUGGCAGCUAAACGUAAGGGCGAGAAGGUGCGAUGGCGCGUCGUCAUUCUCCUAGAAGUUAUAAAAGCUGUCUGUCGCAUACUAUUAAUGCAAGUCACCAACUCGAGACCCCUCGUUACACCCGCACUACCCGAACGAGACCCAAUCCCGCCAGACGUGGAUUCCAGUGAUGACGAUGCCCUGAAGGAACUGAUGGGUGAAGAAACGUCUUCAGUAGACAUGAAUGGAUCUGCCAGGCCCUCUCACGAGAAAGAGUGGACGAUGCCACGUACCGGCUGCAAUUUCCCGAGCUUACCGAACCCCGGGGACAUUAGCUCAUAUUUGAUGAGCCGAGUGUUAACAGCGGACGAUAUUAAGCCGGCAGCGAAGCUCCUAAAUACACUUACGCGCUCCGGACAAACCGCCGAAAUAUUACAUAUCCUUUCUCCUUUGGUAUAUGCUAUUGCAUUAUCAAGAAGCAAAAAUAAGAAAUCCUGGACACCCUGGAUCAUCGGUUUGAGCAUGGAGUAUGCCGCACGACAAUUGCGCGAUAGGGGCCUUCGCAACACUGCUUUAGAAAACGAAGAAUGGGGCAAGAGAUAUUGGGCAGCCGGCUGGUGGACCAUGAGAGGUGCUUUCUACGAGCACUUCACAAAGAACCUCAUCGGUGGUGUCCGCCGUCGUAUGCCCAGUCUUGUCUCCGGCAUAUUGGAAGAUUACGAAUACCUAUGGGAGAAUUACUACUUCAGCACCAGCGCUUGAAGUUGACAUUAUGGUUGAUUCAGCAAAGUAGAUAUAGCAGUCUACGUUUCUAAGGUCGUAGAAACUUAUCAAUCCCGAAAGCGCCCAGGACCU